UGAGAGCGGCGGCCAAUGGGCGCGCCGGGGUGGGGGCGGCGCAGGCGCAGUGCGGGGGACAAGGGGACGGGCCAAUGGCUGCUGGGGGCCGGCCAAUCGCCGCGCCGGGCCGCGCAUGCGCCCGGCCUGCCGCACCCGGAAAAACGGCGGCGGCCCGCCAUGGAGGCGCUGCGCGGCUGGCUCGUCCCGCUCCUCCUGCCCGAGCGCUGCUUCGACGAGCUCUUCCUGCGGCUGCACCUGCUGCACGUGCCGUGCCUCAAAAUCCUCCUCAGCAAAGCGCUCGGUUACGCCAUCGUCGCCGGCUCCGUCAUGGUGAAGCUGCCGCAGGUACUGAAGGUGGUGGGGGCCCGGAGCGGGGCCGGGCUGAGCGUCCCGGCCGUGCUGCUGGAGCUGCUGGCCCUGGGGGGGACGGUGGCCUACGGCUGCGCCCGCGCCUUCCCCUUCAGCGCCUGGGGGGAAGCACUCUUCCUCCUCCUACAGACACUGACCAUCGGCUUCCUCAUCCAGCACUUCGGGGGGCACACGGGGCGAGGGCUGCUGUUUGUGGCAGGUUAUGGGGUGCUGCUGGGUGCCCUCCUCUCCCCCCACGCCCCGCCCGGCCUCGCCACCCUCCUGCAGGCAGCAAAUCUGCCCAUCAUCAUCCUCAGCCGGCUGCUGCAGGCGGCCACCAACUACCGUCAGGGCCACACAGGGCAGCUCUCGGGGGUCUCCACCACCCUCCUGUGGGGGGGGGCCCUGGCCCGCGUCUUCACCUCCCUCCAGGAGACAGGGGACGUGCUGCUGGCCCUGACCUUCGUCGCCUCGGCCGCCUGCAACGGGCUCCUGCUGGCCCAGCUGCUCUACUACAGGGGGGCCUCCGCCCCCCACCCCAAGGGGGACUGAGACGCCCCCCCCCCCGGACU